AUAGCGCGCGACGUUCAGAAGUAUCGGAAUACGUGUGGCUAAGGUUAUAUUCACCAUCAUUUUCGACACUUUAAGAAUGUGCUCAUCUGACGUAUUUUUCGGUGACAAUUUCAGUCAAAAUCAGUGGAACAGCAAAUGCGAAGACACUUGUCAUAUUGAUAUUGGUUAUUCUGGCCAUUCAGAGGAGGUGAUUUUCGUUCUUAUUUGUGCGAUCCAUUUAUCAUACUGUUCUAUUGUGCAGCGUGGAUUAUUUUUUAAAUUCAUAAUAUGAUUCAAUCAUGAUAAUAUUUGAUGAUUGUAGCUUAUAUUUUUGAGAAAACUUUAUUUUGUUAUCAUUACUAUUUGACUGUUUCUUUAUGUCAGCAAUUUGAAUCUGAGUUGGAGGCUAUGAAUAAUGGUGACUUGUCUUCAGUCAAAAAUUUAGAAUUACAAUUAGCUGCCUGCAAUCGAAUUGUUUCUCUGUUAUAUAAUCGUCUUUCAACAGAUCACUUUCAACUAGUACAAUUAUUAAAUAAUUUGAACGAGUGUGGUGAUUCAGUUUCUGUUACUUUGUCAACUUUAUCCCAACUUAAUCCACAUCCUAGUGUUUUAGACAUAUGUUCUAAUGUAACAUCAACACAUAGUCAAUUAAAACAUAUUCAGUCUCUCUUGCUAUCCCGUGAACAAGAUGCCUCAGAUAAUUUGAAAAUCAUUUAUACAUUCCAACGAAAAUUAGAAGAACGCAUUAAACAAUGCAAAAUCCAAGCUCAAAAUUCACUAAAAACUGCUAAACACAAUUCUGUUCAAACUGAUUCUAUAUCAAAGAAUGAACAACUUAAUCAGCAAACGUUUUCCGAUCCAAAGCCUAAUGGAUUUAAAAAUCCAGGAGAAAUCAAAUAUGAAACUUUAUUAAAAUAUGGACUGGUUAAUCCAAGGAAUGUUCUCAAUCGUACACUAAAACAUCCUGGUUUUUCUGAAUCCGUUGAGCCAAGGAAGUGUGAAUUACAAGAAGCUUUAUUGAAUGCAGUUGGUCAACUGGAUCGUUUAAGAAAAUACCGUAUAAAUCAAAAAACACGUAUUGAUCAAUUACAAGAACGAUUAGAUCAUAUGGGUAUUGAACUGGAUUCCAGUGUAGAUACUAUUCGUCAUCAUCAAACAAAUUAUGAAGCACAAAAACGUAGAACCUCUAUGGAGAUUACUCAUUUACGUAAUCAAUUAGCUAAAGCAACCGCUUUAUUAGAACAGUUUAAAUUAUUCUUCAGUAAAACAAAUCUGAACACUAGUUCUUUGAACCAAAAUAUGCGAGUUCUCAUUGGGAAUUUACUAAAACAUUUACACACAAAUAAUGAACUGCAAGAUAUAGAUACUUUAAGUAUCGAUGAUUUAAAACUGAAAUUAUCUAUUGCUCAAAAUGAGCUUACUCAAUUACGAUUAGAUAUGGCACGUCAAAGAGAAGAUGAUGAUCGUGAGGCAUCAAGACUUCGGGGUCAGUUAGCUGAAGCAAGUUCAGAUGCAAGAGCUUUACGGAUGCAGUUAAAUCGCCUUAUAUCACAAAGCAUUUCUUCAAGCAAACUUAAUGGUUUGGCGAAUACAAACUCAUCUGACUCCUCAAGCUGUACAAACUGUCAAAAACUUCAACGUCUCAACGAUGUUUUACAACGGAAACAAUCUAAUAUGAACCCGUUUCCUGAUUUAAUCAAUCAUCAAGGGAAUAUAAUAAAUCAUCAGAAUUUUGUUUGUGAGGACAGCACCGUUACGAAGAAAGCGAUACACAAGCCACACUUUAUAGACAGUUUCGUUCAAACAGAUUUGUUGAAUGAUAUUCCCGCAACUGAUUUUGUCCAAAACGUUGAUAUAGCUAUUGACCCUAUUGAUGGAUACGAUAACAUCUCAUCACAUCUCCCGGUUAAAAAUUGUAAAUAUGUUCAAACGGAAUCAUUCAUCAUAGGCAAUGGCAUAACUUCAUGCGAAACUUCAUCCGGUGUAAUUUUGAUGGAUGGAAGUUUAAAAUAUGGUAGUAUGAACGAACCAAGCAUCCUAAGUGAGGUUCAGUUAAAUAAUCUUCAUGUAUCCAAUAAAUCGGCACCAGUAUCAUUAAUGAGAAAUGACAAUGAAGCAGUAAUAAAUAGUGUUCAAAAUUCGAUGCUUCAUUCAAUUAGUGAAUUAAAGCAUGAUAACUUGGUUAACCCGAACCAAAGUGUUGAUGAAGAUUCGUUACAUUCUCAGUUGUUACAGCGAAUAAAAGUAGCUGAGGAGGAAGCGAUUAUGGCUAUGGAUCAGUUGAAGGCAAGUAAUGCAGAGUUUCUUACUUUGAAAGAACGCUUAUCCCAUGCAACUGUAGAACGUGCACAUUUAAAAGCAACCAUUGAAGGAUUGGAUGAACAAGUCGCGUUACUUGAAGACUCUUUGUAUGAGCGUACACAGGAACUUCGUAGAAGUCAAAUACUUCUUGGAAAAUAUUGUCCAACGUACCAAAAGCCUGUGACAUCAUAUUCUGUUGAACCUGAAAUACCGAAAUCGGAAAUAUCUAUUAAAAUACAUAAACCAAACAAUAAUUAUACAGACGAAUCAGCAGUUGUUGAUUUGAGAGGUCUUCCUCAGUCUUUUGAACCUACAGAAUCAUUUCUACGUUCUCUACCCAUCAGAUUUAAAUCCUUACAUCAAUUAAUUAACCUAAAGGAUUGGCUAUCUGUUUUAUUGAAGCAGUUGGUUGUACGUAGUCAACAACUAACACCCAGAAUGUUUAGUGGUAUAAGAUUUACAUCAUUUCGUCUGCAAAGUCAACCUAGACCUAAAGCAAUGUUUAUAUUCUUGACUUAUUUCUUUGUUGUACAUCUAAUGCUAUUACAUUGCUGGUUAUUGUAAAUAUCUUGGUAUUUUCUUCCUCUCUCUAUCACUAUUCUCUAUUUCUCUGUACAAUAUUUCGCUUGAUGUAUUAUUUUCAGUUAUCAUCUCUCUGAUUAUUUAAUAUGAAUUCUUUUUUGUCAGUAGCCAUUGUGAUAUGUCUCCACUUACUCCUUACAAACUUAGAGACUCUGUUCAUUCUACCAAUUGACCACUUUUUAAACUCUCGCUGUGAAGUCCUUGAAUUCCUAUUCUUCAUGAUUUGAUGUUACUAUUUUAUUUUUCUGCGAACCUGUGUUAAUUUUCUUUUUUUAUGUCAAAUGAAUUUAUCAAUAAAGUAACAUACAUACUUAUAAACAUA